AUGAACACCGACGAUCCUGAGUAUCUUCCAGGUACGUCGUGUUUACUCAACCAAGGCGAGAUCAUCCUCUCACCACCACCCACCCAAUCUGUCAAUGACCCAUUGAACUGGUCCACUCCUCGUAAAUACUGGCAUGCAUUACUCGUAUGCUUCAUCGCUGGACUCACAGCCGGCACAUCGAAUGAUGCUGGUAGCGCCCAGUUCGGUGAAAAUGAGGAACUAUCCAUUUCCUAUAGUGCUAUGAAUACAGGAGCUGGUGUCCUGUUCCUUGGAAUCGGAUAUGGUACUUUUUUCUUGUCGCCAGCGGCAUGGUUGUGGGGUCGGCGGUGCAGCUAUCUCUUCUGUAUCCUCGUGGGACUUCUCGGCGCUAUUUGGAUGGCAAGGGUCCAGACGACUUCGGAUUCUAUUUGGAAUCAGUUGUUUGUCGGUAUCUCAGAGUCCUGCGCAGAAGCCAAUGUGCAGUUGUCGUUGUCAGAUUUGUUCUUUGAACAUCAACGUGGAACUUUCCUGGGUGUAUAUGUUCUUGCAACCAGUGUCGGUACUUAUCUGGGUCCAUUGAUAGCUGGAUUUGUCGCCGAUAGCAAUCUGGGAUGGCGCUGGAUUGGUUGGUUAGCUGUUAUCAUUUCAGGUACUACUAUCGUUGUCCUCUAUUUUACUCUGGAGGAGACAAUGUUUGACCGAUCUGCGUAUCAAGUUGGAGGGAUGGCUGUUUCGCCGGGGGGGGAAGCUGCGGAGCCAGAUUUAGAGUUGAAAGGAUUGCAAGAAAAAAGACCAGGCUUGUCGGACACUGUGACUGCUCUUGCAGAAGCAACAGAUGAGAAGCCAAAGACGUACUGGCAAAGAAUUGCACUGAUCACACCAGCCGCAAACCUGGAGGGAUUCGGGUUCAAGCAAUACUGCGUUCGGCUAAUGCACACUAUGCGUGUAUUUUCGUUUCCCGCGGUCAUUUAUUCCGGUGUACAAUGGGGAGCUCAGGAUGCUUGGCUCACGUUCUAUCUCACUGUUGAGGAUGACGAUUGGAGUGAUGCGCCCUGGUACUAUGGAGAUGUUGGGGUUGGCCUGAUGAAUCUUCCAUGUCUCAUGGGUGCCGUGUUGGGCUGUAUUUACGGCGGAUACUUUUCUGAUGUGUUCGUGAUCUGGAUGGCAAAGAGGAAUGGUGGAAUUCGAGAGGCUGAACACAGACUGUGGUUCUUGUUUCCGUUGGCGAUUAUCUCGCCAUUAGGCAUGUUACUGUUCGGCAUUGGCACUGGACAAGGGUGGUCCUGGCCGGGUCCCUAUAUCGGGUUAGGUCUGAUCGGAUUCGGAUGGGGCUGCACAGGUGAUUUGAGCAUGGCGUAUUUGAUGGACGCGUAUCCCGAGAUGGUUCUGGAAGGCAUGGUCGGGGUCGCAGUUAUCAACAACUCCAUAGCAUGCAUUCUGACAUUUACUGCUAGUAUGUGGCUUGAUGACCAAGGUGUUCAGAAUACCUUUAUUGUGAUCGCGGCUCUUGACUGCUUCUUUGUGUUGACUACUAUUCCGAUGAUGUAUUGGGGGAAGAAAUGCCGACAGUGGACCAAGGCGCGCUAUCUUGAUUUCGCUUCAGUUUUCAGCGGCACACACGGCAAGAGAUUGCGCAAGGAUAUUCGGACAAUUUUGAAAUGCUCCUGGUGGCGUGUCUACAUUCAGUCUUUACCUACUUAG